AACUCACGCCCGCCACCAUACACAGUCGCAGUGGGGGCCGAAAAACUUGGAAUCAAAUUUGCUCCGUGACGGUGGCAAAUAUUACAGCAAAAGCGAACGAACUUAAAUGGUGCGGAUGGUUUUAGUUUGGUAGUGAAAAAUACGUGACUCAGCUUGCUGUACUAAACGGUGCUAAAAAGUGUGCUGAAAGAAUCAAUUCGACUGAAGAAAAUUGUUUCAAAACUGCACCAAACGAUUUCCACUGGCUGAAGAAACGAACCCGCGAGCGUGACACUGCCCCCGAGUGUAACGGAGUACGAUUGGAUGGAAGACGAAUGAAAUGGAAUUGCUAUAAUAUAACCUGAUUCCAUUACGUUAUAUGAGGUGCAAAUGGAUAACAAAAAAAAAACCAGCAACAGUAGCAUCAGAGUAGGCAACAGCAAACAUCAGAGCAUCAGCAUCCAGCAUCAAAGCACUCACGCACACAUGCUCAGACGGAGCAAUCGCGAAGCACCACACUAACCAACAUUAACAACAUUAACGCACGACGUUGUCUCGUCCUUUUUGCGGGUCGUUUUCGUGGACGCGCGCGCUCUCGUACACGUUCCUGAGCGGUUGCAAUUGUGCAAAAGGAAAACCCCCGUUUUCCUUUUACUGAAAGGCUAGUUAAUUGGCAUUUUAUUGCACCGAAAUAUCGGUGCUUUCGGUUCGAUUUAGUUAGCCAAGUGUGAGGGUGCGGGUGGUUGUUUUUUUGUCUUUUUGUGUCCCGAUAAAGUGCAUUCGUGUCGGUAGUGUGUACAUGCAUUUAGUGUGGAAAAGAUUUAUGAUUACCGUACGGAAAUAGGCCCAUUUCGAUACUUCACCGACAGUGUUGUUAGACAUUCACGUUCAUCGUGAAUUGUGCCGUGAAGGAAGGUUGAUGAAAAUGGCCCCUUUUUUCUCCAACAUUAAACGAACCAUUAUUGGCUGUGUGCGUAUGAAUAUCAAACGCGAGUGUUUUUAGUGUGUGUGCGUGUGUGCCUGCGUGUUGCUUCCGAUGUGAUUCAUGUUGUUAUUACACAUUGAGUGAAGAAAAAAACAUCAGGAAGCUGCAAACGGAAGUGAGCGGAAAUUGGAAAUAAACUGCAAAAUAGAAGCCAACACAAAAAACGGGGGAAUAUAUGGCACGGUUCGUGGAGCAUCGUUUAAGGGAUGUCAUUUUUCGAUUGCCGUUCCGGAUUAUGUAAACGACAACCGAAACCAUCGUUCUGUUCGUCCCGCCUGCUGCUUUCUUCGAUCCGUGAUGGCCAGAGGAUGUGCUGCUGCUCAACACAACCACUGGACUGUACCAGCAAUCGGUGACGCUAACCGCACGAAUGUAUCCGAUUGAGGCCACGGCGGCAAAGUCGAUCUGGGGCCUACCGACGCUGAUCUGGGGUAUAUUGAUCGGAACGGUCGUGAUACUGAUACUGAUCCUAGCGACACUGUUCUUCUGCUGCUGGGUGCAGCCACGGACGCGUAAACUACUCAACUCGAGCUACUACACAACCACCGCCAACAACGGACACGCUUCCCAGAGCUCGAUUGUAGCCAAAUCGUGUACCAGCAGCGACUCGAAUCAACUAGUGAUGCCCCUCUCGAUCGGCAUCUGCCCACCACAGUACAGUGCACCGCCACCGCCCUCCAACAGCACGACCACCAACACCCCGCAGCACACCGCAGCAAGUGGUAGCAACAGUUCGCUACAUCAUGCUUCCCAUCCUGCAGGCGGAUGUGCACAUCAUACCUGUAGCGCCGUCACAACUGCCGCAAGCCAGCAAUGCACCAUGGCUUCCGGGGGGCAGGACUAUAGCCAUGUAAAAUAUGGCAGCUCGCCACAGCAGUACGCCUCCCAGCAGUACGCACAUCAUCAUCAUCAUACGCAGCAACAGCAGCAGCAGCAGCAGCACCAUCAAUAUCAAUGCAUACAUUAUCAGCAGCAACAACAACAGCAGCAACAAUACAAUCAGCAGCAUCAUCAUCAUCAACAGCAACCGCAGCAACAGCACGUGCAGCUACACACCCAUCAUGUGCACGGACAGCAACAGUACAGUCCGUAUAAUCAGCAUCAGUACUAUCAUCAUCCUUCAACGCAACAGCAGCAGCAACAACAACAGUACCUUCACUAUCAACAGCAUCAGCAGCAACAUCAUCAGCAGCAAAGAGAACAUCACCAUCAACAUCAUCAACAGCAGCAACAGCAGCCACAACAACUGCAACACCAACAUCAUCAAUCCUCCUCAGGGCAUAACCAUCAGUCGCAGCAAGGACAACUCGUGCACACGCAACUGCACAAGUCGAUGUGGGCGAUCAAUCCACUAUACGCUUCCAGUGGAGUGAUCGUCGAUGAGAACGACGUUGACACGAAUACCACCUACCGGACACGAUCACUACCAUCGUGGGGUAAAAAUAAGCAGCGUCCACUAUCGAAUGCGGACGAUCUGGAGGAGCUGUACGCGAAGGUAAACUUUAGUAAAAAACGACGCAACCGAAUGCGUAACGAUGAGGCCGCCAUUAUUGCACUCUGCCGGUCACGAUCGCAAAAUCUAGCCGCUUUACCGCUCGCUACCGAUCAGGAUGCAGUGGUCGUGUACGAUGAACGGACGGCACUCUAAACACAGGGUACCCGUGUUUCCUCCUUCACCAUGACCCUGUGCCUUGUGCUGGAAGAUUCGAUCCAGAUCCGUUGGAGCAACAUGUACAUUCUAUAGUAGCAGACUGGCUGAAUCUUUAUGCUGUGUUCUUAGUGUAAUAAGCGUAAACAAAAACCGAUCAAUCGUACUGUAGCUAAUCGAAAGCGGACGAAUAAUGUCUCCUAAUUUCUUCGAUGUACGUCAACGAAGUACGGCCAGAUUCUACACUUGCACGUAGUUGGAAAAUCCGUUGUUAGAUUUGCUUACCUUUUUGCAUUAACCGCCCAGUGCCAUUUAAGCGUCCCCCUCAUUAGUGUUGAAAACGUUAGCAAAAGAAACAUGCUCAAUUGCCAUAGAAAAUUUCGACGAUUGUAGAUCGUGUUUAUGCGUACUGCGAACCGUUUCCAUUAAGCCAUUGUUGCAUUGAUUCAUUCAACCGUAUUAGCAUAGAAUUCGAUGUUCUCUUACUUUCAAAAUGGUUCAUCGUUUUCCUCUCAAUCGGAAGUGAACAUUUCCAUUUAAAUGUAUUAACAAACCGGACGACACACGUUAUCAAAGCGGCCCCUCGCCGGGGUGUAAUGAAAAGAAAGCAUUACCUACAUUGCCACUCUAGCCAAAUGUUGAAUGUUUGCGUGAAAAAUUUAUCUAGUAUUAACAGGAACAGGACAAACUAAAAAAACCCCAAUCCCACACACAGUAUGUACAUGUGUUUAAAAAGAAGACUGAAUGAAUGAAACCGAGACGAAAAAUAAACUCAUUACUUCCGCUAAUGUGUAACACUACCUUCAUAGCUACAGUUACGGGACACAGGAGGGGGUUAUCGAUUAGACGAGAGGGGAAAAAAAUCCCAACCGAAAAUUCUUAUCCCUUUUUUUAUCUUACAUCUAUUGCUGCUGUAAAUGAGAGGACUAGAACCGCCAUUCAGAUAUAGUCGUGUAUUUACGAACGCCUGCCAACAGACACUCAGUAAGCCAACAGAGCCAACAGACAGACUCGUAGACGAAACGUUCUCGGCAAGCAAAACGCUAGUAGGUCAAAUGCUAGUCAAUUCGUUUACCAAAUGCUUUUAGUUUGUAAAGUCGCACGCUGGUAAAGCAAACGCCACAACUUUGUACUUAUAAACUGCACUAGCCAACGGUGUUGGUGGGAAACCGUAACGAAACGGGAAUGGAAGGCGUUACUUUAUUCCGUUUUCCGCCGAAUCAAUCUUAUCAUUCGUCGUAGAAAAUAUGUAGCAAAACUCGUUAAAUGGAAAUCGUAUUGAAGUCGGGAAUAGGGGAACCGGGUCCAAAAAAUGGUAGUUUUGGAACGUGGUAACAAACGAUGAAGGAGUGAUCAAUGCACGUGUUGUAAUUGUUUAAAAGGAAGAGAUGAUUAAUGUUUGCAAAUGCCGCCAAGCUGCAGCAAUUGGAAGGUACAGGAAAAGUUAGGGAAAAAACGUAACACAUUUGUUUGUAUUAAAACAACCAAACAUAGUUGGAAUGUAUAAAAUGAAUUGAUGAAUUAAACUGAAACUAUCCAUUUCA